ACCGCUCUCGCUACUCUACCGCGCAUAGUCACGCUUCUCAACGGUCCGAGCAGCUUCGCGAGCACCCCCAGCACCGCCACCCCCACCAUACACAUCAUGUCGGAGCAGCUCUUCUCGGUCAAGGGCAAGGUGGUCGUCGUCACCGGCGGCGGCAAGGGCGUCGGUUGGGGAAUCACCAACGGCUACCUCAAGGGUGGAGCGUCUCGCGUUUACAUCGCGUCGCGCGACGAGAAGGCGCUCAAGCAGUCGGCCGACGAGUUCAACAAGCAGGGCUACGAGGGCAAGUGCAUCCCGCUCGUCGCCAACCUGGCCACGUUCGAGGGCGUCACCAAGCUCGCUGAGGAGCUCGAGAAGAGGGAGAAGCACAUCAACGUUCUCGUCAACAACUCGGGCAACAACUGGGGCGCGCCCUACGACGAGUUCCCCGACGCCGCAUGGGACCGUGUCCUCACGCUCAACGUCCAGCGUGUCUUCACCCUCACCCAGAAGCUCACCCCGCUCCUCGAGAAGAGUCGCGGCAGCGCCGAGGGCCCCUGGGCUGACCCGGCCCGCGUCAUCAUGAUCGGCUCGGUCGACGGUGUCCGUGUCCCCUCGCUCGAGACGUUCUCGUACUCGGCGUCCAAGGCGGCCCUGCACCAGCUCACGCGCGUCCUCGCGUUCCACCUCGGCAAGCGCGGCAUCACGGUCAACGCGCUCGCAUGCGGUCCUUUCGAGUCCAAGAUGAUGGCUGCGACGCUCGCUGCCGCCAAGGACAGCAUCGUCGAGGGCGUGCCCCUCGCCCGCAUCGGCGAGCCGGACGACGUCGGCGGCACGUGCGUCUUCCUCAGCUCCAAGGCCGGCAGCUACAUCAACGGCGCGAUCAUCCCUCUCGACGGUGGGUCGCUCGUCGUCGCGAAGCUGUAGAGCGAGCAUUUCUUGGUCCAGGUCUCUCUGUCGAGCGAUGUCAAUGCCGUGCCUUUCUUUGUCUUC